AUAAACAAAAUGAGGUAUAUCCAUACAAUGGAAUAUUAUUCAGCCAUAAAAAGGAAGGAAGUACUGAGAAAGGCUACAACAUGGAGGAACUUUGAAAUCACAUUCUGCUAAGGACAAGCCAGACACAAAAGGCCACAUAUCGUAUGAUUCCAUUUAAGUGAAAUAUCCAGAAAAAGCAAAUUCAUAGGGACAGAAAGCAGAUUAGUGAUGGCCAUGAGCUGGGGGGCGGGGAGAAUGGGGAGCAGCUGCUCAGUGGGUAGGGGGUUUUCUUCCGGAGGGAUGAAAGUAGUGAUGUUGGUUGUACAUUGUAAAUGUACUAAAUGCCACUGAAUUAUACGGUUUAAAAUGGUUAUUGGUGUGUAUUUUACCACAAUAUUUUGUAUUGACCGGAAAGGUUACACAAGGAAACAUUCAGGGGCGACAUCAAUGUCCUAUGUCUUGUUUCGGGUGAUGGUUAACACCGUUGUAUGCAUUUGUCGAAUGUUACACUGAAAGUGUGCAUUGCACACUAUGUACAAUAUAACUCAACUGAAUAAAGAGUUUAAAGUAGUCUCUAGGGAACAGGGGGAAAGGGUACAGGGGAUUGUCUUUUUCAUUAUAAACCUCUUGUAUUACUUUUAAAAAACCAUGUACAUUUAAUGAAUUUGGAAAAAAAUUUAAACGUACUUUAAAAUUUCCCCAACUAGUUCCAGCCCCACCAAGCACAUUCUUCCGCAUGCAGCUCCGAUCUAGAGACUCUGUGAGCCGAGCGGCAGGCGCUAGGAGUCGGGUGGGCUCUGCAGCGGUGGUCCCCAGUGUAAACGUGUACCUGGUUUCUACCUCGGCUGUCCCCACGAUUUGGCCAGGGGGUGUGCAUCUUCUCGCAGGGGCUAGGGACCGGAUUCCAGAUCCUGCUGUCAGGAGGCAUGAAAGGAGAUCGCUGGGGACAAAAUCCCGGGCUCCACAGAUGCCAAGGUCCUCGACCGGUUCCAGAGCCCGCCGAGCGAGGCUUCAGGGCUCGGGCGCCUUCCAACGCCCCGCCAGCCCCGGCCUCGCAGCGCAGCCGCUUCCUGCCCUCACGGCCAACCAUCGGCCGCCCUGCAGUGCUGGCUGCGAGGUGCUAGAACCUGCGGGCCGGUCGGUCUUUCUUGAAGGCAAGAAAGCUCCUCUCGACACCCUCUCGGUUCCCUCUCCUUGCCCUCUCCCCACGGCCCCCCAAAAAACCCACCCGCAGCGGCCAUUGUAUUUAAGGGCAAGUGGCCCGUGAGGCCGGAGAUACCAGAGAGGCGCCAUGUUUGAUAUGAUCAAGGGAUGGCGCCCUUAAGAGCAGCCAGUGACAACUGAAGCCAGGAUGUCGCCAUAUUUUCUGAAGGCACCUUCCGGGUCUCUUAACCCCGGGUGUCUAUGUCCAAGCUGCCAUAAAGCGAAAAAACACCGAAGGGGUUUAUUUGGCCCCAUCAGAAUCCCCGCAUCCCUAACAGCCAGUCUCUGCUACUUCGGUUCCCACGGCCGCGUUCGGACGCCAAGCCUGGGCGGGGCCCCGGCCUCGGGAGCCCUUCCUGUGGACGACUAAAGCCGAGGCCAGGAGCGGGGAGGCGGUGGCCCCGGGCACAAGGCGGCCGCUGCUCGGGGCUGGCAGGCCCCAUGGCGCCGCCCCCAGCCCCGCUUCUGGCCCUGAGACCGGGGGAGACCCUGCCUGGUUGCAACAAGCCGGUGGCCGUGAGGUUCGCGGACGUGGCCGUGUACUUCUCCCCGGAGGAGUGGGGGUGUCUGCGGCCCGCGCAGAGGGCCCUGUACCGGGACGUGAUGCGGGAGACCUACGGCCACCUGGGCGCGCUCGGAUUCCCAGGCCCCAAGCCAGCCCUCAUCUCUUGGAUGGAACAGGAGAGUGAGGCUUGGAGCCCCGCCGCCCAGGAUCCUGAGGAGGGGGAAAGCCUGGGAGGAGCUCUGAGAGGAGAGGCCCCAAACAAGAAGGACGAGGAACCCGAGGAAGGGCGAGGAGCAAAGGGACCCAGAAAGACUUCUGGGAAGGAGCGGCCUAAAGAACCGAUUAAACACAACCUUGACUCAACCAUCAGCAAAGCCUCGGCAAGAGCACAACCACCCACGAAAGCUGCCUGGGACCAGAGCGCAGGUGCGCAGCCCCCUAUCCCCAUGCCCAGCAUGGACGCUCCCAGCAGCCAGCGGCGCCACGUGUGUGCAGACUGCGGCCGCCGCUUCACCUACCCCUCCCUGCUGGUCAGCCACCGGCGCAUGCACUCGGGUGAGCGGCCCUUCCCCUGCCCCGAGUGUGGCAUGCGUUUCAAGAGGAAAUUCGCCGUGGAAGCGCACCAGUGGAUCCACCGCUCCUGUUCUGGGGGGCGGCGUGGCCGGAGGCCUGGGAUCCGGGCUGUGCCUCGGGCCCCAGUCCGGGGUGACCGAGACCCGCCGGUGUUGUUCCGGCACUACCCGGACAUCUUUGAGGAGUGCGGGUGAGCGGCUCCCGCAGGCUGGGUUGGAGGCUGACCUUGGCCCUGAGGACUGACUGAGUCAGGGAUUUGGGAAGCAAAAUUCACCCUUUGGGCUUCCCUCAAGGACCCCUCAAGUAUUCAAACUUGUAAAAAGAAAAGUGCCUGUAAAGAUUCAAAUAGAUUAAACUUGACACCCCUGUCCCCAGUCUUUCUAAAAAAAUGAAGAGAGUAAGA